GAGCACGGUGGCGGUGGUAUAUCCGCUCUUCUUUCCUCUCCACGGCUCGGCGGGGGUCGGCGGUGUGCGAGCGUCGCGACGCCCGGAGGGAUCCACUCCGACCCGGAAGCUCCGCCCCUGUGGAAGUCGGGCCGCCAACCGGCAUAUCCAACGUACGGUAGGAGGAGCCACCGUGUCCCCUUGGCGCCAGGUAACCCACGAUCCUGGAACCUCCGAGGCUAGUCUGUUGCCAUUUAGUACCGCGCCGACUCUCGAGCAAGCGUUGUCUUCUUCAUUUUUUUUCCCUCCUUCCUCACCUCGCCUUUCCAUCCCGGAAGAACACGGAACAGAGUAAAACGAAGGCCUCGAUCUUCUCUCUGCCUUUUUUUUUCCCUUCCCUUCGUCUCUCUCUCCUCUUCGCCCUGCCGCAACAACAACAAACAACCGUCCGUUCGGAUAGAUGUGCACGAGAGCCGAGAGCGAGCGGUUUUUCCGGACCGGGACAAGUUCGUUCGAAGUGUGAAAACGAUUCUCUCCGACCGAGGUAUUUCGUAGGUGUAUUUUGAGGGAGAGAGAGAGAGAGAGGUAUUUUUGUUGUGAUAAGCAAGACCAUGGAGACAAAGAUGGAGCCGUUGACACCGCCGCACACACCGCCUAUGAUGGACAGGACGAUGCACCAACAGUUGCACACGUCGAGAUGGUUAAGAUCGAGCCAACAUUUUGGAAGAUUUGGCCAGGCGAAUUCGAACGGUGGGCAAAACGUUGGCUAUCAGACAGCGUUCCUCAACAAUUGGCUGAGGGACGCCGCGUUGCUGGCUGUCAGGGGUUGUUGCCCCCAAACUCCCUCCACGCAUCAUUAUCAUCACGGCCACCAUCAUCAUCAUCAUCAAACUGUCCAUCCAGCGCUCCCGGUCCCACCUCCCGCCUCGUUCCUGACCAGAAGGCUGCCCGGCCAGAGACCGAAGAAACAGUUCAUAUGCAAAUUCUGCAACAGACAAUUCACCAAGAGCUAUAAUCUGCUGAUACACGAGAGGACUCACACGGAUGAGAGGCCUUAUUCUUGUGACAUUUGCGGGAAAGCUUUUCGAAGACAGGAUCAUCUCAGAGAUCAUCGUUACAUUCACAGCAAGGAGAAGCCAUUCAAAUGUAGCGAAUGCGGGAAAGGAUUUUGUCAAAGCAGGACACUCGCCGUACACAAGAUACUUCACAUGGAGGAGUCCCCGCACAAAUGUCCCGUCUGUUCGAGAAGCUUCAACCAAAGGAGCAACUUGAAGACUCAUCUUCUCACGCACACGGACGUGCCCCAAGAUCUGAGAAUCGAGGGAUCGGUGGCAUCGGACGCGAAGAUCGCCACCACGGCGGCCAGGCAGAUGGCGGAUAGGGUGAGCGGACUGAUCCCGAUUCAAAGGACCAGUACCACCCCUAAGCUAGGAUUUAGCAUAGAGGAAAUUAUGAGACGUUAAAAAUUAUGCCAUCCCUCCCGAGCUAAUUUAACUUAAUAGUUUAUUGGACAACGCUUCGCGCUUUCCCGCGAAAUCCGCGUGCUUCGUUUCUUCUAAAAAUCGUUUAGGUAAACGAUUUGUGCGUCUUCUUAACGGUUUGUAUUCAGUGUUGCCGAAUUGUUGUGCGAUAUUAUCUGUAUUACGAUAUUAUCCAAUAUCAAUCUCGACACUGAUCACUUUACGAGAGAGUUUAGUUAUUUAUAAAAAAUAAGGAAAAAGGAAAAGAAAAAAAAUAUUAUUUACGUUUUUUCACUUGUCUUUGCUGCUCACGUUUUAUUAUUUGCAGAAAAAAAGAGAUGCAAAGAUUUGAUUCACUUUGAUUUAUAUAUCGCAGUUGGUUGAUUAGGAUUAAUCACGACAUUAGAAUCGUGAUUGAAAGUCUUUAACAAAUUACAAAUUACGUAGAAAUGAUGAUUUUCGUACGAAGCACGCUGGUUUCGAGUAAUAGUAUAAUAGUGUAAUAGUAUAAUUCGCAUUGUAAAUAUAAUUUCCUUGCCUAAAUUAUUCAAUUUAAUGCUGUUCAUGUUGCGAAGAGGGAGGAACGAUUAGCUUGCCAACUUCGUUUUCCCCGUUUUCCUUCGACUUGUAAAUAAUCUUGUACUUAUAUGUAAUUGUAUGAUAGUAGCUAAAUUACUCGAAAACUAAUGUAAUACAUUGUAGGUAUUCAUCGCGAAAGUAGAUAAAUUAUCGUCAUCGUUACAAUCAUACGAAUUACUCAACUUUUAAUUUAUUGUUUCGAACCAAAAAUCUUUGAAAAAACUGUUUGUAACAUUUCUGUUUCCAUUCAUCGCUCGAAUUUGUUAACACGUAAUGUACAAAUUCAAUCUUUUGUAGAUUUCAAUUGUAAACUGCAUUUCGAAUAUUCAAGUAAUUUUUAUACUUGAAAAUUUCAUAUUAAAAUUUUUUUUCUGCUAAUAAUUUUUUUCGAAUUACGUGUAAACGUACAUUUACACCGCAGAAUUUUUCACAUUUCAAAA